AGAGAGGAAUCGCCUUUCAAUCCUUCCAAUUCGGUGAUAAGGAAAUAUUUCACCGUUGAGCUACUUAUUCCAUUUCUCAGAUUUACCAUCCGCAUUCUUUUUCUCUCUCUUCCCCCUCUUCCUUUUCCCUCCUCUUCAUUUUGGGCUGCCUAUCCUACAAUCCAUACAGUUCCUCUACCAUGUCUUCAUCCGAUGAGGACUUAGUCCGUCGUCCUGGUCGUGGCAUAGCUGUUGGUCAACAUGCAAGCUCGUCCGGUAGCGACCAUAGCAACCCUAUCACUAGAAGAAAUGGCAGUCCGGUUAGGUCUGACCCUGACAUUAUCAACGACGACGAUGACGCCGACCUCUUUGGCUCAGAUGGAUCGGACGGUGGGUUUGGGAAUGAUAAUGACCAACCGCAGCGAACGCUCGAUGAUGAAGAGCUAGAUUCGGGCGAUGAUGAAUAUCGCUAUGACCGAGCAGAGGGUCGCAUGGAUUAUGAAGAUGGUGGGGAGGGGCAGUACCAAGAAACGGUCAACAUCAUGGAUUUGAGCUUAGGUCGAGCACCCGAACCCGUAACUUCCAACGGCGAGAUCUACACCAUGCCGAUUCCCAAUUUUUUGUCCGUCGAGACUGAAGAAUUCAACCCUGAAACUUAUGUGGCGCCUCCAUACAGUACUGCGGCAACAUCUCUUUGUUGGCGCCAUGACCCUACUGAUGACUCCCUUAUACAGUCUAACGCUCGCAUCAUUCAAUGGGAAGAUGGCUCUAUGACACUUCAGCUGGCUUCUGCGCCCAAGGAACAGUACCGGAUAACAACCAAGCCCCUUGCACCCCUCAACAAAUCCGGCGACUACGAGACGAAAUUGGAUUCCCAUGUGUACCUGGGCGCAGCUGCAGAGACAUCUUCCGUGUUUAGACUGACCUCUCAUUUAACCCAUGGGCUCACAGUUCACCCCACAACCGUGGAAACAGACGAUGCUGUACAACGUCUCCAAGAAUCGCUGGCCGCGGCCACUCGCGGCACUAAGAAGACAGUAGAUGGCUCUGCACCUGUCAUUGAAGUGAAGGAAGAUCCUGAACUUGCUAAGCGGCAAGCGGAGCUUGCAGAACGCGAGAAGUUGAAGGCUGCUCGCCGGCGCCAGCAGCUCGCAGACAGGGAGCUUGAUCGCGGCCGUCGCGUCGGUGUUCCUCACCGCACUGGAGGUGCUGGUCUCACUAUCGGUGGCCUGGAGGACGAUGAUGGGUUGCUUACCACGCGGCCCCGCGCUAAGAAAUCUCGCAGACCAAACCGCCGUGGCGAAAUUUACACUGAUGAUGAGGAAGAUUAUGAUCGGCGGGGCCGGACAAGGGAGGAUGAGUAUGACGAAGAUGAUGGUUUCCUUGUCGGAAGUGACGAAGAACCGGAAGAAGUCGAGGAUGACGAGGAAGAGGACAUUCUAGAGGAUGACAACAUGGAUGCUGAAGGCGAGGACGAAGAGGUGCCAGCCGCGAGACCCAGGGAGGCAAAAGGCCGUGAAACAGAAGUUGAGUCCGGCGCUACUGGAACCCCGCCUACGAGGAAGAAGAAUCGCUACAUCGUGGAUGAUGAUGAAGAGGAGUAGAGUCUCGCUGACUGCAAGAUCUUUUCAUUAUUCAACUCCUCACGCCUUCUAUGAAUAGUACAUUCUUAUGUUAACGACAUUUGUAUCUGUAUCAAUGUUUUUUCUUACCCUUUUCGGGAAGGUAGAAAAUGGCGAAUGAAUGGAAUUUACAAAGCACAUGGUUUUACGUGACAUGAAACACCUGGGGAAUGUGUCCACUCAACUUGCUAGUAACUUUACUGAGUACUACUUGUAGCACCUUGUAUUGUUUGUUACCUUGCAAA